AAUAUAUUCUCAGUCUCAAUGCACUGAAACGAGAAGUUAUUUUCUCUGUUGCAAGUUUAAAAAAAUGUUUAUUUCCGGUGUGAUUCAGUUCUAGAAACAUAAGAAAGUGUACAUUUUCAUUUAUUUUCUGUCGUCAAUUUUAGCCACGGUAACGUGUAAGCGAUUGUUGAAAAUUAAUUUUACUUUAUGUUCGUUCGGAGCCGGUCGUAAACCGCAUUCUAAUUGCGUGCGAUCUCCUUUUGGAGAGGUUUCACGAGGUGCUUCGUCAUAGAUAGUGGAAGGUUCUCGCGGCCGGCGACUGCGGAGCCGUGUUUUCCUGGUGCCAGCUUCAGUGAAGCCAGGAUCAACGAUUCAUCCAGUCUGUCAGCUCUCGUCCAGUGGGGCGUUACCGUUUUAUAUGACUUUAGCAAGAUAUAUAGAGACAUCAGUACAGUGCGAGGAGAGCGGUCGGUGCGGCGCGACGAGGAGAGCGGCCGGCUGCCGUCGAGCGUGCAUGACUCACACAACACUUAGCACUACUGCUCGCAGAAAAUCAAAAUUUUGCAGUAACCGCCAUCGGAAGCUGCUGCCGCUGCGGCAGACGUGACUGCAGCCCGCUGUCGCGCACCACGCCACAUGCCCCGCUAGCACUCCCAGCCCGGAACAAGGUACUGGGUACAACCCGGUUUAGUUAGUUAGUUGUAUUCAUAAGCAUCAACCAUGGGUUCGCUUAACGUGAACCGCAAUGUCGCCGACGCCUUCUACCGCUACAAGAUGCCGCGUAUCUGCGCCAAGGUCGAGGGCAAGGGUAACGGCAUCAAGACCGUCAUCGUCAACAUGCCCGAGGUCGCCAAGGCUCUUGGCCGGCCAGCUACAUACCCGACAAAAUACUUCGGGUGCGAGCUGGGCGCGCAGACGCAGUUCGACUACAAAAACGAGCGCUUCAUCGUCAACGGAUCCCACGACUCGGCCAAGCUGCAGGACCUGCUGGACGGGUUUAUCCGCAAGUUCGUCCUCUGCCCCGAGUGUGACAACCCGGAGACGGAGCUGAUCGUGUCCACCAAGCGGAACACCAUCUCGCAGGGCUGCAAGGCUUGCGGCUACCACGGAACGCUGGACUUCUCCCACAAGCUCAACACCUUCAUACUCAAGAACCCGCCCACCAAGGACCCCAGCACUGAGGGGUCCUCGCUGACGGAGGGCAACCGCGGCAAGCGCUCCAAGCGCUCCGGGCCCGGCGCCGCCAACGGCAACCACGACGCCGACAACAACGACGCCAAGCCUGAAAGCGAGACGCCAGCCACCCCCGUGGCGCCGACGCCGAAGAGCAAGAGGGAGCACAAGCAUAAGCACGAUGACGAUGAUGACGACGGCACCUGGACCGUCGACGUCAGCGACGCGGCCGUGCGGGCACGCAUGCAAGAUCUAACGGAGGGCGCCAAGUCGAUGACUCUAAGCGAGGACAGCGAGAAGAACGAGAAGCAGCGCAUGGACCUGUUCUACGCGUACAUCAAGCAGAAGGCCGCGGCCGGGGACGUCACCUCCACCAAGGCCUGCACCGACUUGCUGCAUGAGGCCGAACGGUUGGAGGUGAAGUCGAAGGCGCCGCUGGUGCUGUUCGAGGUGCUGGUGCGGCCGGCCGCGCUGGCGGGCGACGUGCGCCGCCACCGCGCGCUGCUGCUGCGCUUCACGCACGGCGAUGCGCGUGCGCAGCGCUCCGCGCUCUCCGCCCUAGACGUGCUGUGCGCGCUCAACCCCGGCCUGGUGCCUAAAGUUGCCGGCGCACUCAAGCUACUGUACGACCUGGACAUCGUGGAGGAGAAGGCGAUCGUGGAGUGGUUCAACAAGCCGUCGCGCAAGGCGCUCAGCAAGGAGGUGGCGGCCGAGGUGCGGCGCCGCGCGCAGCCCUUCCUCGACUGGCUGCAGCAGGCCGAGGAGACCUCCGACGAGGAGGACGACGAGGGCGAGCUCGAGAUCGAGUACAACGACCGCGCGGCGGCGACGCCGAUGAAGGCGCAGGCCGCCGCCGCCGCCGCCCGCGUGCAGCCCGCGGGGGACGACCACGACCUAGACAUCGACGCCAUCUAACCUGCACUCUGUACACACACCACCCACCCCCACCCCCACCCCCACCCCCACCCCCACACCUCGGUCGGUUAACAACUGCUGUCUCUAGGGUUGCCAGGCGGACGGCGUUCGAAAGUCGUGAUUCAAAAAUUAUCCGGCAAACUAAUAUCGGACCCAUGAAACGUUUCGACAUCCAUAACGGUAGCGUUCUCAAAAAUAUUAUAAACGUCGCCUGGUAAUUUGGAUGUCGAUGAAUGAAUGAAUCCUAUUUUACUCCAUUUGAUUUACCGACCGGCGGGACGCUCUGAAACGCCGCAAUAGAAAUACGAGCACGGAUGUAGUGCACGAUUGUUUUCCAUCGUAUCGUCACGGAUACAUACGUGUCUUGCUAUUUCAGUCGGUUUUGAUACAAAAGCUACUGAGGUUGACCGAAAUAGCGUGACAUAUACGAACGUUUCCGAGAAAAUACGAUGAGAAACAAUUAUGCCCUACAUCUGUACUCGUAUGUAUCGCUUUUAUAAAAUAUUAAGCAUUUACUCCGUCUUAAUCGAGUCAUUAACGGAUGUUUUUAAUUUCUCGUAAUGUGCAGGUGCCGUUUAAUUUGAUUAUUCCUAUAAAAACGUACACCUCGUUAAAAUAUCACAAUAAUCAAAUAACUUUAAAUACUAGUUCGUUACGCGAAUCCCGUGCAUUUAUUUAUCUGGGAUUUCCAUUGUAUGGACUAUCUAAUUUACAAAUUCAAAAACAUUCUUGUGAUAUAAAGUUUUCGACACACAUUACACAUUUGAUAAAGAAACUUAAAAACUUAUGUAUUUUAUUGAAGCGAUAUACAAGUUUUUAUCCAUGGGAGAAAAUAUAUUCACCUACAAGAAUUGUUUUAGUUUGACUUAUUUUAAAAAUUUGUUGACUAAUACCUAACGAAAACAUAAUAGAAUAAAAGACCCGAGACUAUCCGUUGAUCAGACUAAAUAAACUACUUUCCAGGUUAAAUAAUGUACAGGAAGCUAACAUGGAUAUUCAGCUAGGUUAUGUAUAGUUCGGGUCUUUUGUUUAAAUGCUCGAAUCAGCAGUUCGACGGUUUUCGUUAAGUACGACCGUACAAUCAUCGACUACACCCGUAACCGGUCACUGUAAUACCAAGUCGAACCAAGUAGUUUGACUACAGAUUGCCCCCAUCUGUGGCAGAUUGUUUGAUCUCGUCACAUUUAAAACAAUAUCGUUUAGACAUUAUUUAUUCGCUUGGGUUGCCGAACUGUAUUCAAAUCCAUAUUUUUUACCUACAAUUUAUUUCUAUGCAAUGAAUUAUUUCAUUUUUGAUUUUAUUUGUAAAAAUAUAUGAAUGAUAGUCGAAUUAUGUUUUAAACCGUCGAUAUGGAUGUACGUGUGCGUCUCGUGGAGUAUUUUGAGGCGUGUGCGCACUCGCGCAGGCGCGGCGCUAGGCUAGUCUGUAGGUAGAACCUAGUACCCGGCUUGUACCUAGCUAGGCUUAGAUCGCUACCAUUUUCCAUUACCGAAACCUCGUUCCUGUAUCUAUGUAGAUAAUUUUAUUUGAUAUAUUUAAUAUUAUAUUCUGAUUUAUAUACGCGGAUUGUCACAAAACGACUGCAAAUAAAAUGGAAACGAGCAUUUUAAUGGAAUAUGUAAAAUUGAUAGACAUUGGUUUAGAAUUAAUUGUACAGGGAAUGGCGCGCGGGGUACGGCGAGGAAACUAACGGAAUUGUCGUUCGUUUGGAAAAUGGACUUAGUUGAGAAUGACGGCUAAGGAUAACUCCUUAGCUGUCAUUCUCGUAACAUCUGUAAUUUUAAUACAUUUUACCACCUAAACGUUACUAUAAAACGCGUCGAAAUGAUAUCUCAGCGUCUGCGACAUGUCAUCAGAAACAGUCCAUAUUUCAUAAAUUUCAUCAGAUUUUAAGCAGAAACGUUUAAGAUCUGAUGUUAUACAUACUUCAAGUAAAGGUAACUCUAAUGUUGGUAUCGCAAUAUAGUUUAGUUUCCUGGGCACGGCUCGCGCUUUAGCACAUGUAACUUAGGUUAGUUUAUUUCCUAUCAUCCCUCGAGUUCUGCGUUAUUCGGUGUUUUUAUAAAACAAGAUUAAUCUGUCUGCUCGACAAGUUAAUAAAAUAUAGUUAUCCUUUUUAAUGCCUUAAGUCAAAAACUUCACUCACACAACUUGACAAAAGUCCAAAAGGUUAAAGGAAGGUUUUUGUUUUCAUUAUUGCUUGAUGUGUUGAAAAUGUGCUGGAAUAUCAGUUUGCAUCACAUGCACAAAGUUACGAUGAAAACAGCCGAGAAACGCAAACAUACCAAGAAAAAUGCAUUUUACUCGUAAGUUAUCGUAAAAACAUGGAUUUACCGAUUUAUGUUUGAAAUUAUUUGGAAUGAGCAUAUUUUACAAUUAAAAUAUCGACCUUAUAGUCUAAGUAAUAAGACCCGAAUUGUAAUGAAAGUGAUGUUCAUCUCGUGUAAUUAGAAAUAUACUGAGUAACGCAGCAUUGUGAGUUUCGUGAAGCGGCCGUGCGUAGCUUGCCUCUACUAUCGUAAAUUGCCACCUGACAACUAUGCGUUUGUUUUGUAUUCAAUACAUUUUUGGAUUCUGAA